AUGCGCACGUUCUACACCAAGGGAAACUUCGACAUAAUACCAGAGGUACGGAAGCCGCGUUUUUGGAAGGACUGCAGCAACAGCAUCUACUUCUUUAAGAUUUCCGAUUUACCAAAGGCUCGCAAGUUACUUCAGGUAUCGACAGCGGAAAAUUCUGACGACAUAUUCACAAAAGGAUUGGCCACCGCGUUGAUUGAGAUUCUGAGCGUAUUAUCACCAGUCAAUACUGCUACCAACCCUGAUGUCCGCAAAACUUUGCUCCGAUAUCUACAUGCAUUAGCAAUGCAGCAGUUGCCUCGGCAGAGCCCUGUAAUGGUUAUCCUUUCUACGCUACAUAAUGGGAUACUGGUCGCUAAGGGCUCUUACGCCUUACUACGCCGCAAUCGGUCAGGAUGA